GACACACCGCCAUCGUCGCGUGGAGGGAGGAGGAGACGAUGGAGCUCACCUUAAUCUCUCCCCUCAACCGCCCGCUCUCCCUCUCUCGUCCCAAACGGUGCCGCCGCCCCGCCGCCGCCGCCGCGCGCGCGGCGGGCUCCUCGCCGGAGCUCUCCGAGGUCAGGGUCUGCACCAACCGCACCUGCCGCAAGCAGGGCUCGUUCCAGACCCUGGAGGCCCUCUCCGGCCUCGCCCCGCCCGGCGUCGCCGUCAAGGCCUGCGGUUGCCUGGGCCGGUGCGGCUCCGGCCCCAACCUCGCCCUCCUGCCCGAGGGCGUCAUCGUCAGCCACUGCGGCACCGCCGCGCGCGCCGCCCGGAUCUUCUGGAGCGACGACGACGGCGGCGUGCUAAGGAGCCUGGAGGCGCUCGCGCUGAGGAAGAGAGCCGAGAGCGAGCUGGAGAAGGGGAAUUUCUCCGAUGCCGAGGUGCUGCUAACUCAGGCUAUAGCAAUAAGGCCAUGCGGUGGGAUCCAUGUGAUGUAUAAAGACAGAUCUGUUGCGAGGUUGGGAAUGUGCAACUAUAGCGGGGCUCUUGAAGAUGCAAAAGAAGCGUUGACAUUAUCUCCUCAGUACAUUGAGGCUCAAUUAUGUCAGGGAGAUGCUUUCAUGGAAAUGGAACAGUUUGAUGAAGCUGAGAAGUCCUAUUUUAUGUCCUUACAGAUAGAUCCCUCCAUUCGUCGUUCUAGAUCAUUCAAGGAUCGAGUUGAAAGGCUUCAACAGAAACUAGAUGCUGCAGAUAUCUCUUGAAGAUUGGCUGUGGAGUUAUAAGUACCAAGUUAAUGGGGAGUAACCAUGAUGAUCUGUUUGGUUAACUGGAUUUGGCAUGCACUGUUGUGAUUGGCUACAUGCACAAAUGAUAUAGGUCAUACACUUAAAAUGGGCCUGCCAAGGAAUGAGAGGUACUUCCUUUAGGUCUACCGAAGAAGUAUCCAGCGUUAACUUACUACUCCUCAGUUCAAGGAUAUAAUUUCUGAGCUUCUGUGCAUUGCCAUUUCUGUAAGUGCAGUUUGUGUUUCUCGUAAGCAAGGACAAUAAAGAGGCGAAGCUUCUGGGUUUUCGAGUUUCUGUUGUGACCAUAUAAGUUCAGCUGGUGGACAUAGCAGGUUUCAUCCCCCAUGCAGAAAUGCAAUUAUAGCAGAGGAGAGUAGAAAGACUACCUGUUGCUGAUGCUCAUGUAAGGUAGAGAGCAAUUUGUAAGUUAUGCAGUUACUAGUAUGUGACAUUGAUUAAGUAUAUGACCAUUCUGACUAUAAACAAUAUUAAUCAACAACAUUUGCCGUUGCCCAUCCA